AUGGACGUGGGAUUUAAUGAUUCAUCUGAUGGCUUUGAUGAUUUAGAGGAAGAAGAUUUGGAUGAUCUUCUUGAAGAUCUAGAGGGGGAACAAAGCAAACAACAGUUGGAUAAAGAUGGUUUGGAAGAGGAAAUAGAAAAUGAUAGUGAGGAACUUGAAAGUGGCUGUGAUAGUGAAGAAGGUGAUGUUAAAUAUAAGAGUUACCCAAUGUUUAAUGUGAAGAAGGACAUGGCAGAUUACAAGUGGGAAGUAGGAGUGUACUUUAGGUCAAAGGAUGACUUCAAGGAAGCUAUAACAUCAUAUGCUGUGCAAAGUGGAAGAAAUAUGAGGUUUACAAAGAAUGACAAAGUGAGGGUGAGGGUUAAAUGCAAGGAUGGGUGUCAAUGGGAAGCAUAUUGUGCUAAAUUGCCAAAUGAAGAAACAUGGCAACUAAGGAAAUUGGUUGACAAGCAUGAGUGCAGUAGAGAGUAUAAUGUGAAAAUGUUGACCACUAAAUGGCUGAGCAAGAGAAUUCAAAACUCUCUGAAAACCAAUCCAAGGAUGAAGAUUAAGGACAUAAAGGCAAAGGCUCAAAGGAAGUGGAAUGUGGGUGUUAACAAGACUAAGGCUAUAAGGGCAAGAUUUAAGGCUAGAGACAUGGUUGAUGGAUCUUUCUUAGGGGAUUAUACAAGGAUUUAUGAUUAUUGCCAUGAGUUGCUAAGAGCUAACCCAGUGUCUACUAUCAAGAUUAAUAUUGAUCCAGUCCCAGAUGGUAGUGAGGACCAAAGACCAUAUUUCAAAAGGCUGUAUGUUUGCUUUGCAGCAUGUAAGGAAAGCUUUAAGUUAUCUAGGCACAUCAUUGGUCUAGAUGGUUGCUUCUUAAAGGGGUUGUGUGGUGGACAAAUUCUGGCUGCAAUAGGGAGGGAUCCAAAUGACCAGAUGCUUCCAGUUGCAUUUGCAGUUGGUCUACUACCAGCAAUGGAUGAACUUUUGCCAGGUGUUGAACAAAGAUUCUGUGUGAGGCACCUUUAUAAUAACUUUAGGAAGAAGUAUCCUGGUAAAAUGUUGAAAGAUGCUAUCUGGAAAGCUGCAAGGUCAACCUAUGUACAAGCUUGGGAGAGAGAAAUGAGGUCUAUGAGACUUAUUAGUGAUGAGGUAACUAACAAAUGUGAUACUCUACUCAAUAACAUGUCUGAGGCAUUCAAUCGUGUGAUCCUUGAGUCAAGGACCAAGCCUUUAGUAACAAUGCUGGAAGAGAUCAGGACCUAUUUUAUGGAGAGAUGGGCUAAGAAUAGGAUGCGGUUUGAGAAUUUACCUGAUGAUGCAGUGCUGCCAAACAUUAGAAAACAAGUGGAGAAAACAAGUACCUACACCAACUCAUGGAUUGUAAGGAUGUCUGAUGAACAUAUUUUUGAAGUUAAGCAUGUGCAAGAUCCAACUGACAUGUUCACUAUGAACUUGAAGGACCACAUAUGUUCAUGUAAGAGCUGGGAGUUGUCUGAGUACUAUAGGAAGAGUAGGUACAUUGCUGUCUACAAACCAGUUACAUAUCCUGUGAAUGGUUCUAACCUAUGGGAAAGGACACAAUACCCAGAUGUGCAUCCUCCUAAGUUCAGAAAAAUGCCUGGCAGACCAAAGAAGAAGAGGAAUCUUGAACAAGGAGAGCUUGAUGGUACUGACAGAAAACUUAGGAGGACAGGACUGAUUGUGAAAUGCAAUAGAUGCAAAAAGUUAGGGCACAACAAAGCUACAUGUAAGGUGACAGGGCCUGCACAGCCAACUACUCAACAAACAUCACAACAAACUCCUCAAGGGCCUGCACAACCAAGUACUCAACAAACAUCACAAGUAACAACUUCACAACCAGCUACUCAACAAGUUAGUGCACAGCCAGCUACUCAACAAAGUCAACCAGCUUCUCAGACAUCCAGAACAAGACAAAGUCCUGCAAAAAAGGCAACAACAAGCAAGGCAAAAAAGCUGGGUGUGAGAAAGCCAUAG